UCUUUUGAAUUGUAUUCCUCUCGAUCCAUCUCUCACAUUAUUAGCCCACUCUUUCCACAACGCAGAAAUGAACAUGCGGGGAAUUCUCCAUCUUGCACUCUCGUCUGGCAAGCUACAAAGAAAACAAAGAAUUGUGGCAUGUCAAAUUUUUGUAAUUAUGAUAGAGUUUUACCCAUUAUUCUUGCCGUCUCGACGGAGAUGUGCGUCGUAGUCCGUCAUACCUGGAAGCUUUAAAUAACAGAGGAGCAGCCGUCCUUCCUCUUGGCUUGAUCUUGGUCUUUGUGUUCAUGUAAUCAAUCAAUAUCAAUUGGAAAUUCUUCAAUUUCGAACAAACCAAACCUGUCGCAGUAAUAUAUCUGCAUUUUUACACUGAGAAACAAAAGUCCUGCAUCAAAUUACAUGAAGCUGCAGAAACGAUAACCCAAAACGUCGACAAGACAGAUUAUCAUCACACAAGCGAAAUAUCCAUUAGAAUAAAUAUGGCCUCACCACAAACACAAAGUUCGUUCUCAUCCAACCUUCAAGUUCCAAAUGAUUCAACUAAUACCGUUCUCCCAUCUCCCACCUCACCCACUUCUCCAACCUCUCCUAUGGGCCUCUCUCACGAUGAUCCCUUCGCCGCCCAACGCAAAGACCCCAUAAACAACAACCCAUUCGCUUCCAAAACCCAAGGCACAAGUCCCAUGAAUAUUCCCACGCCCAGCUCUCCAAACGCAACAAACACACAUUCCGGAUCACCAAAUCAAGAUCGAAGAUUAAGUUCUGAUGAAUGGGACGCUUCAAAAACACCCCCUUCUCGUUUCCAAAAACGGAAAGGUUCAAUCUACGCAACACCAAGUUCUCGCGAUGGUCAUGUGGAUAAGCAUAUUGAUCGUGAUGCCGUUUUCCAUGCAACACACGCGGAGAAAGGAUACAUGGGAAUCUUCGGUCUUGGUGGGAGUCGCAACAAGGAGGGAGGAAAUCAGGGUGGAAGGAGAGCUAGCAAAAGCGAGUGAUUGGAUAGGAGAGGACGAGACUGUGAAGUUGGAAAGAGAACAAGGGAAUUUCAUCCAAGAAGAAAAGAGAUUUGACAUAUGAAUACCUAAGUAGUGUUGAUGAAUUGUGUAAAAAUGAAUCCGAAGGGAAAUUUGUAUGAGAGAUGAGGAAAAGUUUGGAAAAUAUAAUUUCCAUCAUUUAGCGAAGCAAUCUUUAAUAUUUCCACCGCCUGU